CAUUUACUGAUAGAUCUAAAUCCGAAUAAACCACACCCAUUAAAUGGAGGAAAGCAGUAGGCCAUUAGCUGAACCAUUAGCUCCUCUUCCUCUCGUUCAAGACGUAUUGGAACGUUUGAAGUUUGAUGGAACAUUUGAUCAGUUUAGAAAAACUUGCCUGUCUGCCAUUGAAGAAGAACCAUCUUAUCGAGCACAGAAAGAACAUGUUGAGGUUCUCUCCAGACGCUUUCUUCAUGAUUAUGAGACAAAAGAAAUGACAAAAAAUGAUGUACGAACAAAAUUGAGACUAUCAGUACUGGAAGAAAUUAAGAAACCUGGUGUACAAGCAAGUCAGACUAUGGAGGAACUAGUUGAUAAAACUCUAGAAUCUAAAUCUGGUGAACUUUUCAAAAAAAUUCUUGACAUUGUAGACAACAUGCUCCACCCACCUGAACCACACCCACCGAAUGAUACUAGCAUUUUAAACUCAUCUCAUCAACCAACAGGUAUAUCAACUCUAUCAGAUCCAACUCCUCCUACUAGUGUAGCUGGGACUGGUUUGGCUGGUAAUACAUUUGAGUUGCCGAUAGAUCUCUUAUCAUUUUCUAGUGGAAGCUCUUCCUCUAAUUUAAAAAAGGAAGCCAUUAAAAAGAUAGCAGGUAAAGGUAAAUUAAAGCCAAAUGAAGGAACAACUAUCAGCGGAAAGGAGCUUCAGAAAAAAGCUGGCAAAGUUGAUUUACCAGGAGAAGAAGGAUUGCUGUCCGUUGACAAGGAGAAGAUUAAGAAGCAAAAAAUGGAGAAAACUGACACGAAUGAAAAAGAGCACUUAGAAACACAAGACACUCAGGUACCUUCUAGCAAUGAAGGGAGGGAGAAAGAGGAAAAUGUAAUAGAGAGAGAUGAUGCAAAGAUAGAACCAACAUUGUUAGAUAUGAAGAAAGACCUGACAUUGUUAGAGAACAAAUCUGAAGAUGCAUUGCACACAGAAGAAGAGAGUGAGGAAAAAAAGGAGACAGAAGCAGAUAAAGGGAAGGGAGUAGAAGAUAGAAAUAAUGGAAUAGAGGACGUCUUUGAAGAUGAAAACUUUCCGCCUCUUUCAAACUCCAGGCCAAGACGUAGUGCAAGGCUAGCCUCGCAACAACAGCAAGAAGAAGAGAAAGAGGAAGAGGAGCUCGAGGAGGAGCUCGAGGAGGAAGAGGAGGAGGAGAACAAAGAAAAGAAUCACGGGAUAGAGGAGAAGGAGAUGGAACAAGAGGAGGAGGAAAAGAAUAAAAAUGAAAGAACGAGAAGAAAAAGAAAGAAAAGGAUCAGCCAAAGUGAGCAAGAUGAGGAGGAGGAAGAAGAAAAAGGAAGGAAGAGGCAUCCAAGAAAGAAGCAGAGACUCCAGCCAGUCAGAAGUAGUGGGAGAGUUAAGAAGAGAUUAUUGAGUAGCACUAGCUCUGAAGACAAGCAAUCACACGAUGAAUGCCAUGUAUCUUCAAGCAAGAAAUCAGAUUCACCUCAACCAAUGUCACCAAGUGUUAAGGAAAAGAGAAUGAAGGUUGCUAGUCGUGGUUCAAAGACAGAAGAUACAUGUAAGAUUGAAUCUGAAGACGACUUUGAUGAAGAGCCCAAAAGAAUAGAGACUAAAGGAAGGAGAUCUAAACGGAGUAGAAAUAAGCAAUAGAUGAUUAAAAUAAUUAUUAUAAAUAAUGAUUAAUAUUAUACUCGUUCAAUUGCACAUUAGGUACAUUAUGCCUCAGUUAGGCUCAUUACCAUCAAGAACAUUAAUAGUA